UCCCGCAUCGCUACGAUUCGUUCGCCGCGAUCGCGCGUUGUGCUGCCUGUGAGUGAGCCAGUGACCGGCGCCGCUCCCCGCGACCGCGAUGGGCAAGGGCGGCGGCUGCCUGCCCAGCAAGAGCCAACGCGUCCCGCUCCCCCAGCCCCAGCCCCGACACCGGCGCGACCGCACCUACAUCCCGCCCCCCGCCGCGCCCGGCCCACCGCGCCGCCCGGUCCGCAUCUACGUCGUCUUCUACUCCAUGUACGGCCACGUCCGGCUCCUCGCGCGCGCCGUGCAGCGCGGGGUGGGCUCCGUCCCGGGCGCCCUCGCCAUCCUGCUCCGCGUCCCGGAGACCCUGCCCCGCGCCGUGCUCGCCCGGAUGGGCGCGCUCAAGGCCGCCGCGGAGAUGGAGAUGGAGGAGAUCCCCGUGGCGGACCCCGGCGGCCUCCCCGACGCCGACGGGUUCCUCUUCGGCUUCCCCGCGCGCUACGGCGCCAUGGCCGCGCAGAUGCAGGCCUUCUUCGAAUCCACCGCACCGCUCUGCCGCCACCAGCGCCUCGCCGGCAAGCCCGCCGGCUUCUUCGUCAGCACCGGCACCCAGUGCGGCGGCCAAGAAACCACCGCGUGGACGGCGAUCACGCAGCUGGCGCACCACGGCAUGCUGUUCGUGCCAAUCGGCUACACCUUCGGGGAGGGGAUGUUCGAGAUGGAGGAGCUCCGCGGGGGUUCGCCGUACGGCGCGGGUGUCUUCGCCGGCGACGGCACCAGGCCGCCCAGCGAGAUCGAGCUGGCCCUCGCCGAGCACCAGGGCAAGUACAUGGCCACGCUGGUCAAGAGGAUGGUGCACGGAGCAGAUGCCACUUGAUCUCGUUUCAGUACCCUGUAGCUGACGGCUCUGUGCUGCAGUAGUAGAACACAGCAUUGCCAAUGAGUUCGACAAUUCCGUUUACUUCAGUUCAUAGCCUUCUCUGGAAAUACAUGGACAGUUCAUGACAGAUUAGAGGGAAAAUGUUGAU